AUGUCGUCUAUAUUUGUCGCUUUUUGCUUUAUUGAAAGUGUUACGCGAAACGAAAAAAGUAUAACCGGCAGUGCUCUGUAUAGAGAAGAUGCCGAGAAAGACAAUUUUAAAGAAAUCAUCUAUAGAGGAUAUAUCGGAAACUCUGAUAACUUGAUUCUUGAGUUCGGGAAAAACUCCGUUGUAUUAAUGGUUGGACGCCAUGUACUCGAAGGCUCUGAAUAUCUUACCUUGACACAAUCAGUGCCUAUCUUAAUUUCCUCAAGUGAAAACAAACUUACGCGCGAAAGCUUGCCACGUGCGUCACCACUAUUAUUGUUUUCAGCUCCGGUAGUCGCAAACUCUUAUCAAUCUGAUGAAAAGGGUUUAAGAGAUAGUUUAAUGCUCUCCAGGAAGUUGUAUAAUGGUGUAAAUAAUUGCAAAAACAUCGAUUCAAAUGUUAUCGUAUCCUUUAACCCAUCUAUUCCUCGAUAUAGUCAAAUAAAAAACCACUUAAAAAAGACAAUCUUUUCGACCUUGGGAAGAUUUAGAAUUGUCAAAAACAAUAUGGUGCAUAUUCUAGCUUCCGAAAUAGAAUGGAAUUAUCCUGGAAAUGAAUUUAAAUCUGGUACUUCCGAAGGUUCUACUGAAAUUCAACUCGAGGCUGUCGAAUCAAGAUAUGGAAUGAUCGAAUCAACCCCAUCGAAAAGACAACAGAAUACCGAAAGCUCUAGAUUUAAUAAUUUUAGCAAUAGACAUGAAGCAAUCGAAGAAAGACACGCAGAAAAAGAUUUGGUUUUACCAAGAAGACAACAAAAAGUCGAAGGUUCUGAUUUUUAUUUUGACGAUCAAUUAGAAGUCGUCGAAGAGCGAUAUGCAGAGAGACACACAUCUCCAUCAAGAAAACGACAGAGAACCAAUUUGUCCUAG